AUGGAUCUAGCAGCACUCGCCGCCGGCGUCGGAGUCGAGACGUGGCAGACGGAAUUUGAAGGCCACACAAUCUCGAUCCACACGGCCAAGGACACUCUGACGGCCGCCCGCGGUCUCCAGACCAGCCAGGCCGCCCCGGGGACCCGACGCCAGCUACCCCCAAUCCUCAGCUUCAACGUUCCCGCCGAUCUGGCUGACGGCGAUCCAUGGGGCUUCGCGGCGCGCUUCCUCCAGCACGAGUGGCGCACCCAGCGGCAGAACCACACGUGCCCGCCGGAGCCGAUCCUCGCGGGCGUGGCGACGUUCGACCCGCUGCAAAAGGCGCGGUUCUUCCACGAAGCGUCGCCCGACCCUCAGGGCCCGCCAGUGCUCUGGACCGGGAGGAAUGGCCAGACGGAGUUCCCGACGGCUUCUUCGCCGGCGGAUGUCGCGUUCGUGCAGAUUAUCCUGGAUUUCAUGAUGGAUCUGCUCUCCGAGAAUCGCUAG